AUGGCUGAUUCAACUGCUUCAAACCUGGCCGGUGAAAGCAUCGAUGACACCUUUCGAGGUGUGGUGACUAAACAACAGACCAUGGUUUCGUUGAAUCAAGAAGUUGACGAUGGAAUGGAAGUGUUGUAUUGCGAGGUCGUCGCGCCCACCGAUUCAGAUGGCAAUCCGCCGCCCUCACUUCAGAGGGAACUACCCUUUCACGACACUAAAAGUUAUCUACUUCGAUUCUCCGAGGAACAUCCUCCUACACUCAAGUACAACGGUCAUACUUUCAGUCCUUCUGGAGCGAUAUCCACGAUCGAUCUUUGGGAUGAUCAGGGAUGUGGCCAUGAAACACCAUACGUCCAUUGUCGGACUAGCUUCUGGGCGCCUGUCGAUGGCAAUGGGCGAGGACGAUACAAGGUAUAUUCGAUUCCACACGGAUACCUUGAAUCCGAGAACGGGAUGGCAACCAAGACUUCACAAGAUGUCAGCCUCCUUGUUCGAGAUCCAAGUGAUAGAUUCAGUUCCGUCCAGAGACUGCCAGCAAAACAGGAUUCGAAGGUUAUAGCUCUUUCGUUGGAUAAAGAGGGUCAGGGUCAGGUUUGGGAAAUCUCCUAUGAGAAUAGCAAAUUCUGGGAGGCUCUCGAGAAAGAUACGGAAACUUGGGCGCCUUUUCCUUCAAAGGUCACUGUGUUCACUCGUGAAAGUGGCCAAGAAUGA